AAUGCAUAACAAAGCGAGAGGGCAGCUUGAUAGUGAAAAGUUUCUUAAAGGAGAGAGGAAGAAGGGAGUUUGCAAAUGGUUUAAUGUAUUAAAGGGAUUCGGUUUCGUGACGCCUGAAGAUGGAUCUAUGGAUAUCUUUGUUCAUCAGUCAGUUGUUCAUAUGGAAGGAUUUCGAAGUUUAGAAGAAGGUGAAGAGGUCGAAUUCGUCUCAAAAGAAUCUGAUAAAGGUCAAGAGGCAGUUUUCAUUUGCGGCAGAGGCGGUAUUCAUUGUCAAGGAAGUAAAAGGAGACCACUACCAAGAAGAAAGAGUAAGAAAAUAAAAUGCUACAAUUGCGGUGAAUUUGGUAAUCAUAUAGCCGCUAAAUGCCCAAGAGGGCCUCUUCCUAAACGAUGCCAUCAUUUUGCUAAUAUAUAUCCUAUGAAUUGCGUCAAACCAGACAAUACAACAGAGAGAGAAGGAAACAUGCGCACUUUGAUUAUUUUUGCAGUUGUGAUUUCAAAUUUAUCUUUCGCCUAUUCUUAUUCAAAUCUUACUGUUGAUGUUGAUUUGGAUCAACAGACCGGUUUAAAACCUUAUAAUGUUCUUGUUCGUUUUUUUAUUGAGAAAGUUGUCCAGCCAAGGGGAAUGUCUCGAUUUCUCGAUCGAGCUGGUAUAGAAAAUAGAAAUGACUUUGACAACUAUUGGAAAAAUACAAAAUGGCAAACAAUGGUUAAGGAUUUAAGUUACGUUUUUAUUGGAUUUGGAAUUAUUGGUUUAUUAGGAGUUCUUACAGUUAUCUUUAUAAUGUUUUGUGGUGUAAUAACUUGUUGUUGUCGAUGUUGCUGUACAUCGAAGAAAGACAGAGAACCUGGAAAUAAAGAUAGUUGUAAAAGAAUAGUAUGUGGAACUUUUCUUUUCGUUUUGUGCCUUGUUGUUGCAGCAGUUGGAUGCAUUGGUAUCUUCAGUAGCAAUUACUUAAGUCAACAAAUUCGUUACGACAACAUGAUGACGGAUAUAAAUAGCGCAUUUAAAGUUAUUAAUCCAUUCAUAGGAAUGGCUCGUAAAGAUUUGGAAUCUGAUUUAAAAGAUGUAAUCGUAAAUGCUGGUGACGAGGUAAAUCGGGAAUUGUUUACGUUUCCUAUCGAUACUUUUGAAAGAUUUGACAAAUCUCUAAAAAUCAAGGAUAGUUUAUCAAAAAUUACAAAAGCUUGUCAACAAUCAACACAACUAGAGCAAGGAUUUAAUAAUAUGGGAACAGGCAAAGGGAGUUAUGCGGGAAUAAAAACUUCUCUGGAUAACAGCCUGACCACUUCGAGAAAUAAUAUAAAUGGCCUCCUCACAAACGCACAAUGUAAUGUUGCAGAAUGUGGCCAACUUCUCAGCCAAUUGCCUGACUUAAAAACCGAAGCUGACUUUUCUAACCUUCCUGAUACAACUGAUGCUGCUACUUCUGCAAAUAAUCUUGGGAAUUAUGAAACAGCAUUCAAUUUAGCUUUACAAAGGUACGAAAGAGUUGAGAAUGAUAUAGAAAGCGUGGGACGAGAUCGUUUGGAUAGAGCUAGUGACGAAGUAGACAAAAUUGUUCAAACAGCUGUGUCAACAUAUAAUGAUGUGGACAAAAAAAUUGGAAAUAUUAAACUAUCAGAUCCUGUUAUAUCACCAAAAGCCAAGGACGUGACCUCAAAAGUUUCAAAAAUUGUUGGAAAUGCUUUAAUUGGUACAUUUAGUAUGCUACUUUUAAUAACAUUCCUAUUUGUUAUGGGUAUUUUUUGUGGUGGAGCUUUGCCUCUUCCAAAGACGCAAGGUGGUGGUUGUUGCAACUCUCGCCAUGGUGGCCGGCUCCUUAUGGCUGGGGUAGGUCUGUUUUUCAUUUUCGGAUGGUUGUUCUACCUCAUCGCAACAGCUUUUUUCUUAUCUGGUGGAGUUGUUCAGGCCAAUGUUUGUAGACAUUUAAGAAAUGAGGACUACGAUUUAAAUAGAAUAUGGGAUAUUGCCAAAGGCAGUAUCAAUGUGGAUAUUAUUAAAAAUUCUUCCCUGAAAAUGACAGAUUUCUUAGCUUCAACACGAAAUGCAGUUCCUCUUUAUAGGGCCCUUGAAAUAGAAAAAAUCAAAGGAUUGAAUAUAUCUGAUGCACUAAACUUGGAUAAAUACGAUAUCAAGAGACUAAUGCAGGAAAUAUCUAGUAUUUCAAUUGAUGUUAAUAUGGAAGUAUUUCCAGUUGCUCUCCAAGGACCAUUAGAUACAGUGGCAAGGAAUUUUGAUAAUGUACAAUUAAAAGAAUGGUCAAACGAACUCUUGAAACCAGUUACAAAAACACCUGUAGGCUAUUUUGCUUCAAAAUUACGCGAUAUUGCUAUAAAGGUGCAAGAGCCACUAAGAACACAAUUAAAUACUGAAGCAAACACAUUAAGUGGAAUUGAACAAGGUGAUGUAUCUUCAGCAGAAUCUACAAAAACUUCGAUAGACACUGCUACAAAUCAAGUAGGAAGUAUAAUUGGCUUUGAUCCGUUUAAACUUAUUGUAGAUUCUUUGAAACUUGGCAAUGAUAGGUUAACUACUAACGGCGAAAACGAAAUUAAGUUUGCUAUUGGAAAUCAAACUCUAUUAAUAUAUCAAAGGGUAGAAGGAAGUGCUCAACAAGUUAUCAUUAAUGUGAAUGAUAAAAUUGCUCCGACAAAACCAUUAUAUUUAAUGUAUGGGUCACUUCGACACGUUAGCUGUGAGAGAGUAUUACUCUCAUUUAAUUCUAUGUGGUUUUCAAUGGGCUGGGUGCUUUUCUUCCUGCAAAUAUCUGUAAUUUUAGCUCUAAGUUUAUCGACGCUCUACAGAAAAGAAGUACCAACUAAUAGCGUUGAACCUCUCAGGGAAGAAAAAAUUCCUAUUUUUACUUCCUCUGAACCUCAACCAAGAGUUGGAUUCACUUAUAAAACUAAGGUGCACCCAGAUAGGGAUCCUAUAUAA